UCCUAAACAACAAACCCGCAUUCAAAGCGGGACACACGAAUUACAUCACGCUGCGUGCGGAGGAUAAAACGGAGGCGGCGGCUUUGGCUCCGCGCUUUUCUGCACAGGACGCCAGCGGAGCAUCAUGCCGAGCCGCGACGCGCGGAGCGCAGGGACACAGCUGAGCUUCGCCACCCAGUCCUAUGAUAAAAUCGGCUUCCACUGAUCUUUUCCUGCUCGGAGGGAGUUUCGCGAUGGGAAAGUGAAUUGUAAGGGAUCCAGGACACGCAGUUUUGGAGACAGCUGGCGCGUAAAGUUCCCUCCUCGCAGCUCCGAGUGCGCGCUGACCUCGCAGUUUGACAUGGAUCAGCACCAGCAGUGCGCAGCCGUGUGUCUGCUGAUGCUGUCGCUCGGACUCCUGACGGACAGAGCGAUCUGUCAGCACUUCUAUCUCCUGCGCCCCAUCCCGAGUGACAGUCUGCCGGUGGUGGAUUUAAAAGAGGACCCGGAUCCGGUCUUUGACCCGAAGGAGCGGGACCUGAAUGAGACCGAGCUCAGGGGCAUCCUGGGGGACUUUGACAGCCGCUUGCUGUCCGUGUCGCUCCCCGUGGAGGACAAACACCCGGGCUCCGACGAGCCGGAUCACCUCGACGUCCUGAAGGCGGGCGGAGUUCUGCCGAAGGAGAUUCGGGCGGUGGACUUCGACGUGCAAAUCGGCAAGAAGCACAAGCCGAGCAAGAAACUGAAGCGGCGGCUGCAGCAGUGGCUGUGGGCCUACACGUUUUGCCCGGUGGUCUACACCUGGACCGACCUGGGCAGCAGGUUCUGGCCACGGUACGUCCGGGUUGGAGGCUGCGUGAGUAAAAGGUCGUGCUCCGUCCCGGAGGGCAUGGUCUGUAGACCCGCGAACUCAACCCACCUGACCGUGCUGCGGUGGAGGUGCGUGCAGAGGAAAAGCGGGCUGAAGUGCUCCUGGAUCGCGGUGCAGUACCCGGUCAUCACAGACUGCAAGUGCUCCUGCUCCAGUUGAAAAGGACGCGGUGAACUCUUAAGUUAUAAGCUCAGUAAUUUCGUCCUCCUCUUUAUUUCCCCCACCUGCACUACAGAGUGUAAGAAUGUAUUUCUGUAUAUGCGAGGCCAUGAAGUUUUUUCUAUAAGACAUUCUGUACAAAGCCAGUAUUAUUUGUAACCAGAGUCUACUUUAUUUGUGCAGAAUAUUGGUUUUAUAUAUUUUGUAUUUAUGGAGAAGCGGCGCACAGAGUGUUUGUGGUGGAUGAAGCGGCUCAGCCUCAGAGUUGAACUAUAUGAUUAUUGAUACAGUCGUAUCAGCGACUUGUUUUAUCCUGUAAAUUUGGGAAAUGUACUAUUUAUUCUUUAUAUUCGGACAAUAAAAUGACACUGACAUGAUUAUAA